CAAGAAGAAGGGGCACAGCGAUCCCUCACAGCACACAUUUUUUUUGCUAAGUUCAUUACAAAGCAACUCGGGUUUGGGUUCCAGAGAUAAGGGAAAAGGAAGGAAAAUGGUGUUCAAAUUUGCCACCUUCGAUCCCGCCCAGGAUCCCAAUGAUUUCAACCCCGCUUUUCCACCUACUCCAUCAUCAUCACCCUCAGCAACAUUCUGUCAGCCAUGCGAAUACACCUGCACUUUCACCAGAGCCAUUGUCAGCCGACUUGUUGCUGCCGGUGCUUCUCUUGUCUUAAGAGGCCCAGCUUUUGAAAUUGAUGGUCAUGAGAUUCGAGACCGAUCCGCAGAGACGCUAUUGCAUAGGAUCAAUACUGAUGUCUGUCCAGAAUUUCACCAAAGACAGCUUAAAGAGUUCACUCUGAAGGAGUUGAAGGUGGCUACCGAUAAUUUUAGCCACAAAAACAUUUUAGGCAGAGGUGGAUUUGGCAAAGUUUAUAAGGGUCGGUUAGCUGAUGGCACUCUAGUAGCAGUCAAAAGAUCGAAAGAAGAACAAACUCAAGGUAUGCUCUUAGAGUUCGAAAAAGAAGUAAUUAUCGGUAGUAUCGAACUCCCACAUCACAAUCUGCUUCCUGUGCUCGGAUAUUGCAGUGCCCCAGAGUUUUUGCUCGUCUACCCAUUCAUGAUCAAUAGAUGUCUGGCAUCAUGCUUGAGAGAGCGAAAUGAUAAUCAACCCCCGCUGGACUGGCCUACCCGCAGAAAAAUAGCCACGGGAGCUGCGAGAGGGCUGUCCCAUCUGCAUGAUCUGAACAUAGUGCACCGAGAUAUGCAUGAUCUGAACAUAGUGCACCGAGAUAUCAAAGCUGCAAACAUUCUGUUGGAUGAGGAAUUUGAGCCUCACAUUGGAGACUUUGGGUUGGCCUUGUUCGUCGAUCGCAGGCAAGGUGGACACUCUGUGGAUUGCAUCGAGGAGGCGCCCGUACUUCCGAGGGACAUAUCCAAAGCAAGAUCCGACAGUGAAUAUUCUUACGUCACAACAGCGGUACAUGGCACAAUAGGACAUAUUGCACCGGAGUAUCUCAGUACCGGGAAAUGCUCGGUGAAGAACGACGUCUUUGGUUUUGGGGUAAUGCUUCUGGAACUCUUGACCGAACAAAGAGCUUUUGAUCCUGCAAGGUUUGCAAAUGACGACGAUGUGAUGUUGCACGAUUGGGUACUCAGGCUUCUGGUAGAGCGUAGGUGGGAAAUUCUAGUCGGUCCCGAUCUGCAGGGUGCAUAUGACGAGGAGGAGAUAGAGAAAGUGAUCCAGCUGGCUCUUCUUUGCACACAAUCAGAUCCAAGGAAACGACCAUCCAUGGCACAAGUUCUCCAAAUACUCGAAGGCCAUAGCAUCGAGGAGGAGAGAUGGAACGAGUAUCAGCUUGAAUCGAGUUUUCGGGACCGGAAGCAGGAUUUCGACAAUCCACACACAGACUGGAUUGUGGCGGACUCCACUUCGCAUCUCCGACCUGAUGAAUUAUCUGGACCCAGAUAAUCUAAUUGUUAAGAUAACAACCUGGCCCAUUCUAAGUCGAGCAAGCUCCCAAAACGAGUGCUCUGAGUGGUUCAAGGUGAAGGUUAACUCAUAUAGGUAUCCCAGCCGAUGCGGGAUUUAAGAUGUCAUAGUUUAUGUGUAGCUGAGCUAAAGAUCACCAGUGACAAGAAAAAUGUAAUCACUUGUAAUGAGGAGAAAUUAUUACCAACAAGGACAUAAUCUAUCUGCCCGAGUUACGAGACUCCACAAAUUUUAUUAUUUUCAAUAUAUUUAUUCUGA